AAAUGCAGAGUUACAGCGGCCAAUAUUAUCGACAGUAUAAUUUUUCUUCAUUCACUUGUGUGAAACAUUUUCCGGUGUUUUUUUUCUAAAAAAAUGUUACAAGAUCAGUAUUUUAAAAACUAAAAGUGAAAGAUAGAGAAUGUCUUCAAAUUCUGGUUUUGAAAGAAAAGAUGAUAAUGAAUGGAGGAGAAAUUUGUCGAUGAAAGAGAAUACUUUGUAUGGUAUUCCACCUUACAUGCCUAUUUUAAUUGAAAACAUUCCAGAUUAUGUGCAAUUAAAGGACUUUGAAUUUGAUCGAGUUAAAGAAGUGCAAACUGUGGGAAUAGUUUAUGGAAAUGGAUGGCAAGAAGCUUUAAUUCAUAAUUGUACUAAAGAUAAUCAUAUCUCAAUAAAAUUGACAUUUGCAUGUUGUAGACAUGAAUCACUGCAAAAAUCUGGUUACAUGCCGGGAAAAAAGAUACCUUGCAAAUUAUUUGGCAGAUUAAUUAAUUAUGAAGGAAAACCUCUGUUAGAGGUUCAUCAUUUUUGUAAAACAAAUGAUAUGGAAGGAAGCUUAAAAACAAUCACAAUGCUUUCAGAAUUAGUGAGACAAAAGUAUCAUUAUUAUGCGUGUUCUAAGAAUCCUUAGUUAUUAAUUAUAAAUGUAAAUAACAAUAAUACUAAGAAUAAUAAAUACAUUAUUUUUGUUUAAA